AUGGCUACAAUUGAUAUAUCUCCAACCUAUCCAACGUUUAGUAUGGCUAAUGCCGCAAAGUCUAAAAUCCAUAAUCAAAUACCUUAUAAUCAAAGUACACCUCAUGGUCAAAGUACACCUUAUGAUCAAAUUACACCUCAUAGUCAAUAUCAAAUUAUAUCUCACAGUCAAAAUACUCCUCAUGGCCAAAUUGUACCUCAAAUUACAUCUUAUCCUUCUACACUACUAAAUAUAUUAUCAGCUAUGCCACCAUUUAUACCACCAACUAUGCAACCUGGUUUUAAUCCUUAUGUAUAUCCCUAUUAUCCAUUUUACUAUCAAAUACCUCAACCUCAAACUAUCUCUGGAUACAAUAUUUCUCUAACCCAAUUUUUUUCAAAAUUAGAUCGAAUUCACAAUUGUAAAUAUGUGUAUACUGCUUUUGAAAAAUCCUUUGAUGAGUAUGAAAUUACUGUAAAUGGUAUAAAGGAAUUAACAGAUGAGCAACUAGAUAAAUUAGGUGUGACUAAAGAUGGUUGGCACAUAAAUAUAAGACAAGAGGCUAGAAAAUACUAA